UUUAUAAUAAUGAGUGACAGAAGACAGAAAGAUAUUUAUAAGAAGAAGUGGUAUUUAAAUAAAAAGAAACCAACAAAUCAUAACAAUAGGAAUAAAAACGAUCAAGAUAAUAAAAAAGUACAUCGAUCGGUAGAUAAUAUAGAGAUAAAUAAUGUAUUAAAUAUAUAUGAUACUUACGUUAAUUUUGAUAUUCCUUAUUAUGGAUGGAAAUUAUUUUUUUCCGACGAAGAAUAUGAUAGCGAUUGUGACACUGUCAAAAAAAUUCAAUCAAUAGAAGGCUUUAUAAAUAGGCAUCCUCGCUUGUUAUCUUUGCUUUCGUUAGACAAUUUAGAAAAUGGAACAGUUUUUGUAAUUGAUAUCUAUGAGACAGAGAGUGACACAAUUUUCUCGAACGAAUGGUGUGAUUUUAAAAAGAACAUAUAUGAGAAUCCGUUACACACAUUGAAUUGUAUUAAGCUCGCCAUACACCAGAAAAUAAUAAAUUCAAUAUCGAAAGAGAAUUUAAAAGGUUCUAUGAAUGUUCUAAGUACAAUAUCGAUUAUUAGAUUAAAAAUAUUAAAUUAUCAACCAAUCGUAUGUUUGCAAGACUUGAAAGCAAAUUCUUAUGGGAAAUUAGUGUCUGUUAAAGGCUGUGUAAUAAGAGUAGGUCGUACAAAACAUAUCGCAGACUGGAUUGUAUUCACUUGUCGCAAAUGUAACUUACAAAAAAUAACUAAACAACCACAAGGAGUUUAUACAAUCCCAAGAAAGUGUAAUAUGUGUGGUAUAUCUAAAUUUCGUCCUGUGUUAGAUUCUCCACACGUGAAAAGUGUUUCCUUUCAAAUGAUUAAGAUACAAGAACUUCUAAACGAUGAACAGAAUAAUAAAGGCAGUAUGCCUAGAGUGCUUGAUGUUGAAUUAAUAGAUGAUUUAGUUAAUACUUGUAUGCCUGGGGAUGAUAUUACUUUAACUGGAAUUAUAAAGGGGAGUAACAACACUAAAACACGUAAUAAAGUUUCAUUUUCUUUGUAUUUGGAAGCUAUUACAAUAAUCAAUAAUAAACAGAGAUUUCAAAGUAAAAACAUUGUGGACAAUGAAAUGUCAAUAAAGGAUUAUUUAGCAAUAAAGGAAGUGUAUAGUAAACCAAAUAUUUUUCCACUAUUGGUACAUUCACUUUGUCCAAGUAUAUACGGCAAUGAAAUGAUCAAAGCUGGACUGAUAUUAAGUUUGUUUGGUGGAAAUACAGAAAAUUUAGAGUUAAGAGAUAAUAUACAUACAUUAAUAGUCGGUGACCCUGGUCUUGGAAAGUCACAAAUGUUACAAGCAUGUGCUAGAAUCGCUGCAAAAGGUGUAUAUGUAUGUGGAAAUUCAAGCACAUCUUCUGGACUGACAAUAACACUUACAAAAGAAAACAAAACUAAUAACUUUGCAUUAGAACCAGGUGCAUUAGUUUUAGCAGAUAGAGGCUGCUGUUGUAUAGAUGAAUUUGAUAAAAUGUCGAAACAACAUACGGCUUUACUAGAAUCUAUGGAACAGCAAAGUGUAAGUGUAGCUAAAUCAGGAAUAAUUUGUUCCCUUCCCACGAGAACUUCAAUUCUAGCAGCUGCUAAUCCAAUUAGUGGUCGAUUCAAUAGAAGUAAAACAGUAAUGCAGAAUCUGAAAAUGAGUGCACCUCUCUUAUCACGUUUUGAUUUAAUAUUUUUAUUAUUAGAUGAGCCAAAUAAGCACAUAGAUGAUUUGUUAUGCAAACAUGUUAUGUCGGUUCAUACUGGUUUGAAUGCAAUUAGUAAAACACAAACAAGUGCAUCUCAAUGUACAGAUGUAUCAAAUGUAAUUAUAUCAUCAUUAAGGGACAAACUUACAGCUUCUGUAAAUGAAAAUAUUAAUGUCAUUCCACAAUCAGUUCUUCGAAAAUACAUUUCAUACGCGCGACAAUAUGUAAAACCAAAGUUAACUAAAGAAGCAGCUGCGGCGUUACAAAAUUAUUAUUUAGAACUUCGCAGUAGAAAUGAUAAACUCGAUGGUUUAUCUGUUUAUAAUAGACAAUUAGAAGCCAUGAUAAGAUUAACUGAGGCUAGAGCAAAGUUGGAGUUACGUACAGAAGCAACUGAAACAGAUGCUUUAAAUAUAAUAGAAAUCUUCCAAUAUGCAUUUGAUAAUAACGUUAUUAGUAGACAAUCGCAAAACACAAAAGUAACUGAUAGAAAAGUAAAAGAAUUUAUACAAUUACUGAGGAAAGAAACAGUCGUUGAUACCAAAAAAACAUUCUCUACAAAAAGAUUGCGUGAAAUUGCAUUGGAUGGAAAAAUUGUGGUGCAAGAUAUUUCACAGUUAAUUUCAAAAUUAAAUGACAAUGGUAUUUUAUUAAAAACUGGAAGUAAUACUUUCAAAUUUAUUCCUGAUUAA